AGUUGUUCGGCAAGUGACUCGAUGCGGGUUAGGCCCCAAAAUUCGACUCGCCCUCUUGUUCAAAUGCGCCACAUGCGCUGGGUUUAUUCUUAAAUCGUUGUGACGGCGGGGGUGGUGGUGUUCGUUAAGGGCCGCGCUUGUGAACUGUGUCUGUUGCCUGUUUAGAUUUUGACGAGGAGGGGUUACACAUUUUGUUUGUUGCGACAGUUUCCGUCGGCCAAAAAAAAUAAAAACCGCGCGUUGCGAGUUUUUUUUUUUUAGGGCCCACGUCGCUACCAUUGUGACAUUGCCGCUACGGCGAACGCGGUUAGGAUUGAGGGUUUAAAACGGGGGGGGUCGUUGUUAGUGAUUCAAAUUUUUACGGUGCUUAUGUUCGGUGUAAUGACACUUGUGGAGAAAACUGUGUUGCUCCCCCGACCCCCCCUGUAAUUUAGGUGGCUACUCGAUGGUUGUACUGUAAUUGGCUCUACGUGUUAAAAUUUAAAUAUAUAAUUGACUUGUUCACAAAUCUUGUCAUGUCCGUGUAGGUGAACGUAUAGUAUUUUAGUUCCUUUUGCAAUAAGAGUUAAUUUAGAAUGGAUUACUUUAUAAUCUCGUUAAUACUUUUAGGGUUUCAAACUAUCAACAACUUUGUUGUCGCUAAACUAGAUAAUAUAUACUCAUGCGUACAACAGGCGACUGCUAUAACUACUGUUAACAAUGUAUUGCAAUCGUUAACAAUUUAUGAUAAUGGGCAAUUUUAUAAUCAAGUUAUCAAUUUGCAAUUUUUUUGUUAACAAACUCUCAAGCCCUUGAUUGUCGAUUGUAAAGUGCUUAACAUUAGGGUUGAGGAAGUUCAUUUAUAUCGCCUAAUUGUAUCGUGGACUCGAGCGGUGGCGCAGCAGUUAGCACACUGGGCUGCGCGUUCGAUUCUGGCUACGGAUAACAUCUGAACCGAUUCUAGGAUCGCACUCGCGAUCGACAGUAUUGAGUUUGCAAAUUACUUUGACCCUCAUUAUUAUUAUUGGGUAGCGAUGGUUAAUUUUACAAACCGUCAUCCUCUUAAUGUAGGCGAGCCAUCACAAGCUCUGUAUGCGUUGAGUGAUUUUAUCUUCAUUAAAAUUACAUUCAAUUAUCACACCUUAACACCGUACACUUACUAUGUAAAAAUUAUUAUAAAGCCAUUGAUAUUGUUACUCGUACCAUUGACAAAAAAUCAUAUUGGCAACGAUUCGUUACAAAUCCCUAGUAUUUUUCCAGAUUUUUACGUUGGUAUUUUUUCAAUACAAUAGACAUGUUGGACUGCAUGUUCUUGGCACCCAAAAACCAUUCCAUAGCCGGUCAUAUAGUCGUGUGACAGCACAGCAUACUCUUACCCGUUUCAAGAUGUAAGGAAUUAUAUAGCACAUCAGUGAACCAUAUGUUGCUGAUAGUUGUGUGGACUGCACAUGGUGCUUGGACCGGCUCCGUGAGCUUGAUGCUCAUCAGCUGAGCCUUAAAUUGUUUGCACAAUUAGCCAAGUGCAUGUCGUGUUGCGUGGAUGUUGUAAUAACAGCCGUGAGCCACCACUGUUAACGUUCUAAAACCGAAAAUGGAAAAAAAGUAUAAUGUAAUUAUUUAGUAUUAAUAGGUUAUUUUUCGUGCUUUGUCGAUUGUAAAUUAGAAUUGAGGAUGUGGGUGUGGUAUUGUGAGAUUGCUGCUGCUGCUUCUGGUGCUGAUCUUUAUUACUGAAGGGUUUCAGCGGUACAUGUUAGCUCCUGCUUUCACAUAGCCCGCCAUCUAAUGAUAUCAAUAUGGAGGGGGCGUGCAAAGAAAGAAGCCUCUGCCACCGACACCCCUCCCACAUCUUGCCAAAACGCGUCGCGCUCAGACAAGGCAGCAUCAACCGAUACAGUGUCAAACCGACUAGGGGAGGGCAUCCACCCACCAUAGUAACGUUAUGGAUUCAAGUUGCGGCGAUCUAGUACUGCGACGCAGUACUUUCAGUGCUGUGGCACUGCGCGAACGACGUUCUCCCGCUGCCACUGGAUAACGGCUGUGGUGGUGUGUGAACCAGGCCUCUGAGGUCAAUUAUCGCAAUUAUGUGAAUCGUAAUGAAUUGCAAUCGCGGGUGUAAUUGUCAUUUCAGCUGACGUUGCCCCAAUGACUGUCAAUAUAGUUGACUUCAUGUCUGGUAUUCACCCACCCAGUGCAAACCAGUCGUCACUGCUCCGUUGCUUGGACGUACCUUCAGGCUAGUGGUUCUCACUGUACAUGCCUUUAAUCCCCAGCACGGCACCUGCCUUUAUUCAAUGCAAGUUACGUGGUUUCUCUGUCGGCCUUUAUAUUUCACUAUGUGGCAAUCACGUUAGUAGUGUGGUGUAGUGUAUUGAAUAUGGGCUGCAGUUAUGCUGACAGAGGACUCGCACCAACAUCGAAAUUAUGUUGACCUCCGCCUUAGCUACGUUGCGUGAUCUGUUCUAAGACAUUAUAGGUCGACGUUCCAGGCAAUGGUCUUAGAACGGACAGGGAGAAAAGCAGAAUGGUCAAGUGGCGCAAAGAUGACUAUAAUAGUUUUUAAUCCAUGUGCUACAUACGAAAUGUGAAUGCAAAGUUUGAGGCAUUGAAAUGCAUACAGGGAGUUUAAACAGAUAUACUGAUCAUCCCCCAAAGGGCAAUGUUGUAUUUCUACUCUACUCAGCUUCUAAAAACAAAACCCUCCCUGCAUGUUUUCCAUAUUUGUAUUGUGUUUUGAGAUUCUGUCACAUUUAAACAAAUUAUACAUCCAAAACAUUUUUGGGGUAAUUUAUUAAUGUUAACCCAUUUUCUUGCCAAUUGAAUUGGCACAAAUGGCGAAUUAUUGUCAAUGAUCAUAACUAUUGUGUCAUGGCCUUGGACAUUUUGCAGCAGUAUGCAUCCAAAGACGAUGCCCAAGAGUUGACAUGUGCACCCCAAUCCCUUGGAAUCUCCAUAAUGAUUUACACGAUAAUAUAUUUACACGAUCUAACCCAAAGAAAACCCUUUUUUUGUUGAUACUAUUGAUCACGAAGGCCUACGUGUUAAACUCCCAUGCAAUCUGAACCCUUUGGAUUACAGUUUCAGCAGCUUCUGCUAUCAGCCCCUCCAGGUAAUGUCAUUGGAGUAUGACGUACGAUUGUUGGGCAUGGGAAAUUGAACUGCGACUGUCUAAGGCCAUGAUCUGUAAUGGAAAUUUCAGGGCAGUAAUUUCUGGCAAUCAUCAUCAUCGGCUACGGUUUAACCAUGAGCGACUAUGGCAAUUUGGAUGUGUAACGGAAUGUAGUGACGGAAUUUUCUGCAGCCAAUGAAUGCCAUUCCUCGAUGAGGGUGUGUAUGUUGAAUAAAGAUUGGUCUACAGACUAUAAAUGAACCUGUUGGGUGGGGAUGUGUGGUAGGCCUAGUACUAGUCACAAUAUGAUUAUGGAUGGAGUAGGCCUAGAACGAGCCACUAGUUACCAGACAAGCAAACAAUUAGAAGGCUUUAUGCCCAUCCGUCUAUAUCUCAUGCAUGUUAUGUUUGGAUGCCACAAAUUUUUUCGGGUUUCAGAAAUUGACGUCGGGUGGUCACGUGUUGUCCAUCUCAGAUCUGAUUGGACGUUGCUGCUCCGUUGCUCACUAAGUGCUGCUAGAAUCGGAAUUGUUCACAUUUUGGACAGCGAGACGUUUACAGUGGGAAAUGCUACGCAUCCAUUUGCCGGUGGUAAUUGCCGGCAAUGAUUGCCCUGAAUUUCCCAAGUGGAUCAUGGCCUUAAGGAUUGGAGGUUGCAUGGAGAUAGGAAUAACUUGCCUGUUGCUUUAAGGUGCACAAGAUCAUUUUGGGAUGGAAUAAAAAAACUGGUCUUUGGUGGUCAUGAUGGAGAGGAAGUCUCGCAUUCAAAUUCCGUGAGGUGUAAUGCGUAAGGUGUGUUGCGUGCUUCCGUGGUUCAAAGCCGCAGAAGUGGACCGGAAUGGGAGUGCAAGGGCUGCAGCUUGAGAACCACUUGCCUAAGAGGCCUAAUUUGACAUUUUUCUAUAUACGUGACACAAUUUGAAACAAAUUACUCGCAUUGCAGGUUCAUUGGUGAAAUUCUUUUCUUAGUUAUUCCUGAGCACUGCUGCCUGUGUGAGACGAUUUGCCGAUCUAGUUUAUAAAAAACCUUGUGCCAAAUUAUCCAGCUCAAAAAAUAUAUCAACCUUUAUGCUUGUGAAAUAAGGUUGUCAAAUGUUGCAUUGGGUUUUCGAAUUUGUGGACCAUAAACAUUUGUAGACCUAUGUGGCCCAAUUCCAUUUUCAGCAAUUUAAAAAGACAACUUUUCAUUUCAUUCUCUUGCAAUACCUGCAUCCGUAUUAAAGUGAGGUCUCACCUUACCGGUUUAAUAGGGUAUCGGUCGAUUCCUAGUUUGGAAACAAAUAAAAUGCUGCCACAAGACAUGAUGUGCAUGCUUAAACCCUUUCCGCAGACAAACUGUACAUGUGUACGUCCUUUUAUUUUUUUUCACGAGACAACCUAUUGAUGGCAGUGUGCAGUUUCAUAGCUUAAUAUUUGUUGGCCAAAUUCUGUAUACCUAUUAAACAAUUGUGGCCCCCUUGUUUUAUUUGCAAAGGUUCAGUGUAUCUUUGCCUGCCUACCUCAGUCUGCAAGGAAAAAACAGAAAAGCGUCACAUUCGCCGAGCCGUGAGUCAUGCAAAAAAAAUAAAUUUUAAAGCUGUGUUAUGAAAUGUGGAAAGUGCUUCGUGAUUCCGUCGAAUUUUUACGCUCCAGCGUAAAAAAAAAAUGAAAACACCGAUGUGACAGUUUUUUGUGACAAAACACCCUGGUAAAAAGAGUUUUCAGUUUCAACAUACGUUGCUUGAAAGGAGCCGUAAACUCGAGAGAGAGAGAGAGUGCAACUAUUUUUAUUUGCUCUCGAAAACCUAAAACUUGGCUAAGUUUUUUUUUAUAUAUGUGUAAAGCACUCUCUGGACAUGCCUAACGUGUUUGUUGGUUGAAUCGUGUACAAUGUUUACCGUUUUUUGGAUUGUCUCUACUUCUGACUACGUCCUAUCACAGGUUUGUGGCUGACAACGUUUUUCCUUUUUAGUGUUCUGCGUGAGGUAUAAAGUUUGUGCAGCUGACCAGAUAGUGAAGACGUGAAAUGGUGUUGUGUGCGGCAAUCGCAGUGACGUCAGUCGACAGCGCAUUAAAUUCACAGACGAUGUUGUCUGCAAGAGCCAUCUCCUUGACUGCUGCCCCCAUGACACGCUGGCGGGAACUAGAAUGGAUUUGGGAGACUGCCCAAAGACGCAUGAUCUUGCUCUUCGUGCUGAUUAUGAGAUAGCUUCAAAGAAGAAAGACUACUUCUUCGAAGUGGAUGCUAUGAAGCACUUGCAGUCGUUCAUUGCUGACUGCGACAGGCGAACUGAAGUUGCCAAAAAGCGCCUGGCAGAGACCCAGGAAGAGAUCAGUGCUGAGGUGUCUGCCAAGGCUGAGAAUGUGCAUGCCAUCAACGAGGAGAUCGGCAAGUUGCUUGCCAAGGCCGAAGCCCUGGGUGCUGCAGGCAACGUGGAGGAGUCCCAGAACGUGAUGGACGAAGUUGAGAAAGUUCGACAGCGCAAGCGUGACGCGGAGGAGGAGUACCGCAACUCGAUGCCAGCGUCCAGCUUCCAGCAGCAGAAGCUGCGCGUGUGCGAGGUGUGCUCCGCCUACCUGGGCCUGCACGACAACGACCGGCGCCUUGCCGACCAUUUUGGCGGCAAGCUGCACUUGGGCUUCAUCGAGAUCCGGGAAAAACUCCAGGAGCUCAAGAAACUUGUGGAGGAGAAGAGGGACAAGAUCGAGCAGGACCGUAUGAGGAGGUUGGACGAGCGAGAGCGCGAGGACAGACCACGGAGGAGGUCGAGGUCUCGAUCUCGGAGCCGCGAGUACAGGGCCUCACGCUCCUCGGGGGAAGGACGCAGGAGGCGCUCGCGCUCGGGCUCUGCAGAUAGACGGCGCCGCUCCCGCUCGGGCGACCGCCGGCGCAAGCACCGCUCACGUAGCCGCUCCCGCAGUCGGCACGGGCGGCACGGCUCCUCGGAGCGCGGCGCCCGCCACACGUAGCCCCGGGCUGCCCCCCCCCCCCCGGACUGCGUGUGUGCGAGACAGAGAUAGAAUUGUUCCGCCGAGGGACGUGACAUGACGGUCGGGUGAAGACAUCUCAAACCCCAGCACACGCGCUUUAGUGGCCGAUCCCUUCACCCCAUUCCCACGUCCACCGCCACAUCCCAUCUAGCAUGACACGGCACAUUCUCCAAUCAUCCGCCUCUGGCUCCCGCCCACCCCGCCUCCUGCAGUGAAGUGCCGCAUUUUUAGCCACCAUCUGCAUUUCAGCACCCACCACCACCACGCCCAACGAUCGACCGUUGGCCACAGCCGCGCCACCAAUUUAGUUUUGCAUUAAGUUUCCAACUGCAACGACGGGGGGGGGGGGGGUGCACACGCUCAGUGCAACGAUUUUGAGUUUUAUUUUAACGACUUGCAAGGGUUCAAAUAGUGCACCGUCGCUUUCCAAUCGCGUGCACACGCUUCCACUUGCUCGCAUGCCACCUGUUUUUGCCGAAGCCUGUACGACGGUCCCAUUUUGCUGCAACCGAAAGUGCUUCUGGAUGCUACUGGGUGAGCACCAACUCUCCCCAUUCGUGGUGGUACAAUUCCCUGUUGGGAAUGGUACAAUUCCCUGUUGGGAUUGUACCGCCACGAAUGGGGAGUUGUAUAAUUCCCUGUUGGGAGGUGUAAAAUUGGCAAGACGUUGUACCAUUUCGGCUCCUAUCACGUGUGCUCAAUCAAGCAUUCUGCUGUACAAAAUUGUUUUUCGAGAUAAUUGGACUUUGAAAAGCAAUCGGUGAAUAUUGUAAUGCAGAAAUGUAUUUUAGUUUUUAUUUUGAGAAAACAUGCAUUGUUGAACAUGGUUAUGUAAAUGGGCUAAAUAGUUGUGGCUUUUCUAGUCUUAGGUGCAGCUGUUGUACAUGAAACUCUAUUAUAUAAAAGACUUGCUGAGAAUACCACCAAUAUUGAUAGUUUAGUUUCAUUUUUGUAGCUACUUAUGGUGAAAUUUGCGUUUCACUUCAUACUGUUCUAUUACGUUUUUUAAUGUACAUUUAACAGUGUGCCACGUGUUGUAAAAAUACAUUUUAUGUUUUGGUCAUCCCAUGGUUCUUACCAACAUGAGUGAGGUGUCUUAAAGGCUGAUAGGCAUAUGUUGGUCAGUGCCCUCUGGUGCUGGUCACUGUCUUCAAAUGCUGACGUCACUGGCAGCUCAUGGCAUCUUUUUUGGUCAGCCCUCGAAUCCACUUGGGGGUUUCCAUAUUCAGAAUAAACGCAGAGGCGGAUUAAAAUGCAGACAGUGUAUAUACAAAUGUAUGUAAUGGUUACCCAGGUCACUCGCAAAUUAAAUUUUUGGUCUUUUUGAGUUCGUACCUGGUGAAGCAAAACAUGAAAUACGGGACUGUUUGCAGGUGAGGCACGAACAAAUACAAAUCGCUUUCGCCAUUAAUGCUACUUCGUAACAGAAAAAUGCUUAACAUUUGAGGCAGUGGUCCAUUCUUCAAACUUUAAGCCUAUGGUAUUUUUUUCUGUUACAAAGCAGUGUUAAAUUAUGCACAUUUUAGAGUUUUAAUUUGUGCUCUUGUAUCACAUUUUGGUUUAUAGCCAGGCUUACAAUGGAAACGCCAUGGAGUUCAUGCUGUAAAACGCCAGGUGGCUGUUGCGUCUUUGUAACAGGAUCGAGAAUGUGCAACUGGCACAUAGUUAUUUUUAAUUUGGAUCUUUGAGAAGUCAAAGGAAAGUGCAAAUUCCUACAGUUAAACAUCUUGGAGGAAUGUGCCUUCAUGGGACGUGCCGUUUGGCCUUGUGGCGCGCUUACUGCUCAUUGAAAUGAAGCAUUUAAGGGCGAUUUGGGCUUUUCCAAGAUGCCCUGGCAAGAAAAUACAUUACAAUUGUUUUGAAUCGACUUAUAUCGCCGUUGCAGGUUUGUGAUGGGUUUGUCAAAUAAAGAUGUUAGGCCACAAUUCCGAGCAAAGUGGUGCAAACAUUGAA